AGUUUUCUCUCAUGCACACUGGCAGGAGCUUUGGUGUGGUAGAGGAUAAUGUUUGUUGAGCGUGUUUUGCUGGCAUAUAUUAGGUGAAAUGGAGCCUAGUCCAGAUCAAUAUACAGCUCCACAGAGAAGAAUCUCAUUACGUGUUAACCUUUGCGAUAAAAAAGGACACAAAUCCAAAGUCCUUGUAAAUCCUACUCAACGGACAACAUUUUGCUGCUGCCUUCUUUGGCAGUCCCUUGGGUUAAAGAUGACCUGCAUCAUGUGGAUUGUUUAUACCCCUCCAGCAUUUUGUGUGUGUGUGUUGUCAGCAUCUGCAGAAUCUCUUGUGAAUCGGACAUUUGGCAUCUGAAUGGUCCAAUCCAAUGCAAUCCUGCUGGUUCAGAAGAGGCCGAUGAGACUGUUGUGGGGAUUGUAGUGUUGGCCACCAAAGCAUUGAUCCUUAAUGAGGUGGGUGGUUGGGUAGGUGGUGUGUGCUCCUUCUGUCCUUUAAUGGUCUCAUUAGAGGUGCUGAGGCCAAUGUGGGGCCCACAGAUACUGCUACAGGUGGGCCCAUAAGUGCAAGGGGCAACUUCGGAAGUGCUGCACUUAAUCUGCCUUUCAGGCUGCCCUCCGUGCUCCUGGCAGAGGGGCACAUUGUGCUUCCUCAAUAUUCUUCAUCCACCUGGAAAGGGCAUAAGCUGGGGACUAAAUUGGUGAGGAUGUUACAUUCUCGCAAGGGUGCGCUGUGAAUGACCUGGAAAUGUUUUCCAUGUUAUUCUGGGAAUCUCCAGCUGUGAGGAAGCGAGGAGUGAAGAGCUGUUGUAGCAGUUUGGCAGGCCACGUCUAUGGAAGGAGAUAAACAGCUGAUGUUUCUGACUGAGACCCUUCAUCAGGGAUGGAAAAGGACAGGGGCAAAAUGUCAAUUGUUUAUUCCCUCCAUAGAUGCUACAUGACGUGCUGAGUUCCUCCAGCAGAGGUGACUGAGAUGAAUGAUAGCUGCCGUACAUGAGAUGCCGGCCUGAACAUCCGCUACAUUUACAUAGGCGAUUAAAGAUUAGUUUCAUUUCUCACAUCUACAUCAAAACAUCGAAACGUACAGUGAAAUGCGUUAUUUGUAUCAAUGACCGACAAUCUGAAGAUUGUGCAGGAGGCAGGCCGAAAAUGUUGCCACACUUCUGGUGCUAACAUAUGUUGUGCUCAGCUAACCCUAACCAUACAUCUUUGGGACGUGGAAGAAAACCAAAGCAUCAGGGGAAAACCCACGUGGUUACAAGGAGAACAUAGAAACUCCUUUGUAUGUCAGUCGGUGAUCGCUGACACUGUGCUAAUUGCACAGGGAAUACUGUGGCUUCUCGAGAAUGCCUUUAAAGGGUUUGGCCUGAAGUUGAGCUGCAUCGCCUGUUGGACACUCCUGGGGCCUUCAGGGGAGGCUGCAUCUAUCGGGAUUCAUCCACAGUGACAGUGGCUUAAUGCACUCCUGCCACCAGUAGUUUAAAUUGUUUAUUAGAUUUGUUACUUUGGAAAUCUGGCUGGUGAGCCAGGAAUGGUUGGAACGUUGUCCUGGCUGGACUAUGUUCACGAAUGCCCAUUCUGUGACUUGAUUUGUUAGGGUGAAUGGUACUGACCCUGAGGGAGGUCAGAAGGGUGAGUUGUAUCUCAAGGCCUGAUGGACUCUAGCAGCCUGUCCAGAGUAAGUAUAAGUGAGCUUAAUUGCAGACAAGUUUAGGCUCCCCUCCCACCACUGGAUGUUGAUGCCCAAUUGGUUCACAAUUGGUCAUACCCCAGUUUCUUCCUGGUUGUGUUCUCUGUCUUUCUGAAUAAGGACUUUACUUUUGGUUAGCACACAUGCCAUAGAGGAAUAUAGCAUUAAAUAAACUCACUACAUCUACGCUGACAUUCAUGCCUACCUAUACCAAUCCCUUUUUCCUGCAUUAUUUCCAUAUCCCUCCUUGCCCUGCUCAUUCAAGUACCUGUCUAGGUGCCUCUUAAAUGUUGUUACUUUUCAUGCCAUUGCCACUUUUCUCCUCCCAGAUUCCUUUUAAACUUCACCCCCUCUCACCUUAAACCUAUUUCGUAUUGGAAUUGGUUUAUGGUGGUAGAGGUAAUGCAGCCAGCAUAAUCAAAGACCUCACCUACCCUGAACAUUUGAGUUUUUCGAAGAGGUUACUAGGAAAAUAGAUGAAGGGAAGGCAGUGGAUGUUGUCUACAUGGACUUCAGUAAAGCCUUUGAUAAGGUCCCACAUGGGAGGUUAGUCAUGAAGAUUCAGUCGCUAGGUAUACAUGGAGAGGUAGUGAAUUAGAUUAGACAUUGACUCAAUGGGAGAAGUCAGAGAGUGGUAGUGGAGAAUUGCUUCUCUGAGUGGAGGCCUGUGACUAGUGAGCCACAGGAAUCAGAGCUGGGUCCACUGUGAUUUGUCAUCUAUAUCAAUGAUCUGGAUGAUAAUGUGGUAAAUUGGAUCAGCAAAUUUGCUGAUGAUACAAAAGUUGGAGGUGUAGUGGACAGUGAGGAAGGUUUUCAAAGCUUGCAGAGCGAUUUGGACCAGCUGGAAAAAUGGCAGAUGGUGUUUAAUACUGACAAGUGUGAGGUAUUGCACUUUGGAAGGACAAACCAAGGUAGAACACACAAGGUAAAUGGUAGGACACUGAGGAAUGCAGUAGAACAGAGGGAUCUGGGAAUACAGAUACAUAAUUCCCUAAAAGUGGCAUCACAGGUAGAUAGGGUCGUAAAGAGAGCUUUUGGUACAUUGGGCUUUAUAAAUCAAAGUAUUGAGUAUAAGAGUUGGAAUGCUAUGGUGAAGUUGUAUAAGGCAUUGGUGAGGUCAAAUUUGGAGUAUUGUGUGCAGUUUUGAUCACCUAAUUACAGGAAGAAUAUUAAUAAGGUUGAAAGAGUGCGGAAAAGGUUUACAAGGAUGUUGCCAGGACUUGAGAAACUGAAUUACAGAAAAAAGUUGAAUAGGUUAGGACUUUAUUCCUUGGAGCGUAGGAGAAUGAGGGGCGAUUUGAUAGAGGUGUAUAAAAUUAUGAUGGGUAUAGAUAGAGUGAAUGCAAGCAGGCUUUUUCCACUGAGGCUAGGGGAGAAAAAAACCAGAGGACAUGGGUUAAGGUUGAAGGGGGAAAAGUUUAAAGGGAACAUUAGGGGGGGGCUUCUUCACACAGAGAGUGGUGGGAGUGUGGAAUGAGCUAACAGAUGAAGUUGUAAAUGCGGGCUCACUUUUGACAUUUAAGAAAAACUUGGACAGGUACUUAGAUGAGAGGGGCAUGGAGGGAUAUUAUCCAGGUGCAGGUCGGUGGGAUUAGGCAGAAAAAUGGUUCGGCACAGCCAAGAAGGGCCAAAAGGCCUGUUUCUGUGCUGUAAUGUUCUACGGUUCCUCUCCUUUAGUUUUGGGCACCCCUAUCAUGGCAAACUUUCAUGGCCUCUCAUAUUUUUACAUAAGUAUGUCAGUUCUCAUCCUCCUUUGCUCCAGGGAAAGCCUGUCCCUCUGAUCAAAUGUUUCCUGUGUCUCAAACACUUUUCUCCAUAGGCUUGGGCAUCUUCUCCCACUCUCAUUCUACAUGCCCGUGGUGUGACUGCUAUAUGAUAUACCAUUGUUUGGGCUUAUUCUGGGGUUAAGGAAAUAUUAAUUUCAAUAGCAACCAGUCUUCUGAUCUGAAUGUGAACUGUAGGUUGAAUAUAAAAUGAAGCUUGGAACAAUGGUCUUCCUGGAGCUGCAGACGUGGGUUGAUUGCACCUGAGAAAUCUGCAUAUACAUGAAUGCAGCUCAGAGACAGCGUGAUUAACUCUCAUAUUGGGUGUGUUAGGUGUUUCAAAAUUAAGCGCAACCCAAAGGAAGCACUAUGAAUGCAUUGUAACUAUAUAACUUGCCCUGUUGUUACCUUUCUUCUUUAACAAAUAAAAAUGUGAUGUAAUGUUGGGUCAGGGGCACUCUUCCAAGUGUGUGUUGAAUAUAAGGUCUGCUUGUUUUGUUAAAUAAAGAAUUUUGUAUCACCAGCUUCAGUCUCUCUCUCUGAUUACCUUGUUCACAGUAUUGACAAGCUUGACCAGAAAACUCAUAUUCUAGGAAUGGAAAGACAUUGGCCAUUUCUCCUGAAUGUCAGCCAUAUUUUGUACAUGGCGGGGUGGCAUGGUAGCACAGUGGUUACUGAAUUGUGACUAGUGACCAGGGUUCAAUUCCUGCCAUUGUCUGUAAGUUUGUUCGUUCUCCCUAUGAACGUGUGAUUUUUUUGAGAGUGCUCCAGUUUCCUUCCACAUCUCAAAGAAAUAUGAUUUAGUAGGUUAAAUGGUCACAAGGGUGUAAUAGGACAGUACAGGCCUGUUGUGCUGGAAGGAUUUAUUAGCUUGCUGUAUCUAUAGAUUUAAAAAAAAGUAAAAUAAAUGCUCGUUAGCUCUUUCCCUGACUUUCCCCUCCUCCUACCUCACUCAAUUACACAUUGAUGCAGUCUUUCAUCAGUAGUGUGACUGUGGGGCCAACUAACAUAGGCACCAGGAAUCAUACUGAAUACCAUUCAAAGCAACAAACACAAAAUUCUGAAGGAACUCAGCAGAUCAGACAGUAUCCAUGGAGAAGACUAAACGGCGGAUCUAACGGGCUGAGGCCUUUCAUCAGGACUGGAAAGGAUGGGGUCAGAAGCCAGAAAAAGAAGGUGGGGAGAGGAGAAGGAGUACAAGCUGGCAGGUGAUAGGUGAAACCAAGUGAGGGAAAAAGUGUGUGGGCAGGGGAGGGGGAUGAAGUAAGAAGUUGGGAAAUGAUAGGUGGAAGAGGUAAACAGCUGAAGACGAAGAAAUCUGAUAGGAGAGGACAACAGACUGUGGAUAAAAGGAAAGGAAGGGCAUCAGGGUGAAGUUAUGGAUACGUGAGGAGAACAGAAGGGGAAGAGGGGAGCAGAAUAGGGAAUGGAAAAUAGAGAAGAAGAAACGGGGGAGAGAGAUUACUGGAAGCUGGAGAAAUUGAUGUUCAUGCCAUCAGGUUGGAGGCUACCCAACUCAUCUGGCAUUAGAGGAGGCCAUGAACACCAUUCACUGACUGUGGCACAUUUAACAAGACUGAGAACUAUUAUUUGGAUUAUCUGAUACGGUUACCAGUAUGUUAUUGGGUGUCACUCUGGGUGAUGAACUAGUUUAGUCGAAGAUUGAACCCAGCUGAGAUUCCAUUUCCAUUGAAUCCAAUUCACUUUUAAAAAUAUAUUCAGUUAAUUCUUUGAGCUUCACAUUUAACAGGAAACCUGAGUAGCUUUGUCAUCUCUAGGUACUUCAGGUAUAUCAUUGGGAUAUUUUGGAAACGUGGGAGUUUUCACUACCACUGAAGGUGAAAUCAAAUCAGGGCAAACAUUACCCAGUGUACAGCACUAAUGUAGAUAAUAUAUGUUUACUGUCUGGCAUAACAUUUUAAAUUACUGGAAGCUAAAAUGAUGCUAAACUGGAGUUCGUGGUUCAAAAUGAUCACACUUUAUUUGAUUCACUUAGCAUCAGAUUAUCUUGAAGAACAAAUUUGGCCCAUAAUUGAAUUUUCAAAUGAAAUCAGAAGAACUGUAGGAUACUUCUUUAAUAUCAAAAGUAUCACUGAUUUGGUCCAUUAAAUUUGCUCAGCAGAACACCUGAAAAAUAAUUUGGCUUGUCUUCAUCGUAACUGUUUAUUUUUUAUUUAAAUUGAUGUGGAAUAAUCCAUUAAAGCCAAACUGUGUGACGAAGCUGACUCUCAGUAAUUCAGUCUUACUCUUCAGUAUAUGUAAUCACUGUGGAAUUAGUUCCAUACAGAGCAGUCCUGAUCUCUCAUUCAAGCCCCAAUUCUAUGUGCUUGAUUCACAUUUCAAAGUGUUUCCCUCAUAGGUUUGCUCUUGCUUGGCUUGUAACAAUAAUGCCAUGUGCUUUGAACUUUGCUGCCAACCUGUCCUGGCUUUUUCCGGAGGUGGACACUCUGCUCCUUCGGGUGGAGGCAGCUGCUCACGCUGGGUUCCAGGCAGUGGAGGUGGCGUGGCCUUAUAAUACUGAAGCAACAGAGCUGAAGGCAGCGUUGGAGAAAAAUGGACUGGAGAUGGUACUGAUUAAUACCCCACCAGGAAAUAAAGAAAGAGGAGAACUUGGACUUGGAGCUGAUCCACAGCGACAGGCUGAAUUCCGCAGAGGACUCGGUCUAGCAGUGCAAUAUGCUAAAACUGUGAACUGCAAGCGGAUCCAUUUGAUGGCUGGACGCAUUCCAAUGGGCUUAGACAGAUCAGCUGAUUCCUCAAAGAUGGAAGCCACAUUUAUUGAAAAUCUGAAAUAUGCCACAGACAUCCUUUCAAUGGAGGGAAUGGUGGGGUUGAUUGAACCUAUUAACACGCGAAUCACGGAUCCCAACUACUUCCUGAGUACACCGCAACAUGCUGUGGAGAUCCUCCGGCAGGUGGACCGGCCUAACCUGAAACUGCAGCUGGAUGUGUUUCACUGGCAGAUUAUGGAUGGGAAUCUGACUCAGAACAUCACCAACUACUUCCCUCACAUAGGACACAUCCAAGUCGCACAGGUCCCCAGCCGGAAUGAACCAGAUAGUCCUGGAGAGAUCAACUAUCAAUACAUCUUCAACCUGCUGGAAAAAUUAGGAUACAAAGAUUAUAUAGGUUGCGAGUAUACUCCAAAAGGCAACACAGUACAUGGUCUUGGAUGGUUGAAGACCCAGUGGAGAGUAAAUUGAUGGGUCUUCCUGAAUGUUAUCGAUGGGGGUGAAGAAUUAAUGGUUAACCUUCUGGAAUAAGCUUAAUUUGUUUGCAGUCAUUUUGUAAUUCAUCCAAAUAUACAGCUGACAACAGCAAGUUCAUUUGAGGAAUUGUUCACUAAAUAAUCUUGAGAACGGCAAAAUGAGCUAGAAUUCAUCCAGAUGUAGAACAAAAAUGGCAGCCUGGAUCAUAUGAAAUCUAGCUUAAUCAGAAGAAGCUAUAUGGGAAGAUUUUGUGAUUAUUAUUGAUAAUCAAAUGAAACUUUGCAAUAUUCAUUUGCCUUCAUCUGCCUGAGUAGCUCUUCUACCAUUACAUUCCCGACCUGAAAGGGCAAUGCAGAAUGUGUCCAUUAUAAAGGGGAGCGCAGUAGCAUUGCAGCACAGCGCUGGCGAUGCAUGUUCAAUUCUGCCAAUGUCUGUAAGGAGCAUGUACAUUCUCCCUGUGACUGCGUGGUGCUCCAGAUUCCUACUAUGUGCCAAAGAUGUACAGAUUUGUAAGGUAAUUGGGCAAUUGGGAUUAACUGCACCAUAUGGGCUGUUCUGUAUCUCCAAAUAAUUUUUUUUAAAAUCCUGAAUGAUUGGGAAUAUGUAAUGAAUAUGUUUUUUAAAGAAAGAAUGAAUCUUUCAGCCACAGUACAAUUUUCUGAUGGUUUCAUGAUGCUGUAAUGAACAAGGAAUCUCUCCUAAUACACCAUAAAUAAAAAUUUCCCAGUACGUCAGUCUUGGUUCUUCCAAUCCCUCAUUUUACCUAAGGAUAAUUAAUUAUUAAACACAUGAAUCCUCUAUUUUAUUCACAUAAGCUGUUUGGCAGUUAAAAAGCCUUCUUCAUUCCCUGACUUAACAGAAUCAAAUUCAGCUCUGUUCACACUUCAUUAUUGAAAACCCAAAAUCAUUCCUGUACCCUGAACACUCAUUGACAUAUUGAUAACAUUUUGAAAGGAAGAAAUCAAAACUUGCACAUCAUUCCAAAUCUGAGUUCUACACCUAUAGGAAUUUAGAAUAACUCUAGUCAUAUGCCACCAAAUAGUGUCUCCAUAUCUGCAUAAUUUUGUUAGUGAUAAUUUCAUAAGAAUUACAAAUUUUCUUAACGUUCAAAUUCUUUUCCCU